AUGACCACAAACUUCUUAAAAAAUCUGUACUCAAAAGAAGAAGGUCUGGACCCCAAAGUUAUUGUGGACUGUCUUACUGAAAGAGUGACAAAUGAUAUGAACUCUUCGCUGCUCAAGGAGUUCUCAGAGAAGGAGGUUAGUGAUGCGUUGUUUCAAAUUGGACCUCUGAAAGCUCCCGGGCCCGAUGGCUUCCCGGCUAGGUUUUUUCAAAGGAACUGGAGCACGGUUAAGAAGGACGUGGUGAAUUCGGUUCUGAAAUUUUUUAGGGAGGGUAUCAUGCCGGGGGGAACCAAUGACACGGUCAUAGUGCUUAUACCCAAGAAAAACAACCCAGAGCAUUUGAAAGAUUUUCGCCCCAUAAGUCUGUGCAAUGUAAUCUACAAGGUAAUCUCGAAAUGCAUGGUAAACCGUCUGAGACCCAUCUUGGAUGAAAUAAUUUCAGAGACACAAAGUGCCUUCAUCCCUGGGCGUUUAAUUACAGACAACGCAACGAUUGCUUUCGAAUGCUUCCAUAAGAUUCAGUAUAGCAAACAGGCUGCUAAUACCCACUGUGCGUUCAAGUUGGACUUGGCGAAAGCGUAUGAUAGGGUGGACUGGGGAUUCAUGGAAGAGGCCCUGUUGAAACUUGGUUUCGAUCGCAAAUGGGUGGACUGGGUUAUGUGUUGUGUGAAAUCUGUGAGGUAUUCUGUUAAAUACAAUGGUGAACUGCUCGAAACCUUUUCCCCGUCCAGGGGACUUCGUCAGGGUGACCCAUUGAGCCCUUACCUGUUUCUCUUCGUCGCGGAAGGACUCUCCUGUCUGUUGGAUAAACAGAUCCGCAUGGGAAAUAUAACUCCUAUUAAGAUUGCCCAGGGAUGCCCUGGAAUAUCAAAUCUUCUCGAGGUUUGCCCAGUGGAGGUCCAGCAAGACGUCAAAAGUGUGCUUGAUAUCACGGCCUCGACCUUUGAAAGCAAGUACUUAGGACUUCCCACGCCAGAAGGACGAAUGAAAGACUCCAUGUUCCAGCCAAUAAUGGAGAGAUUUAUUAAGAGAUGUUCGGAUUGGUCAGAGAGGAAGGUGCAUUGGAUGUCCUGGGAACGCAUGAUCAAGCCAAAAAGAGGUGGUGGUAUUGGUUUUAAAGAUAUGAAGCUCUUCAACCAAGCCCUGCUCGCACGACAAGCCUGGAGAUUGAUUCAAAGACCGAAUAGCUUGUGUGCGAGAAUUCUAAAAUCCAAAUACUACCCCAAUGGCAAGCUUUUGGACACGGUAUUUGCAUCUAAUGCAUCUCCGGCCUGGCGGGGAAUCGAGCACGGGCUUGAGCUUCUUAAGGCGGGCCUUGUUUGGAGGAUCGGUAAUGAAAGAAAGGUUAACAUUCAACGUGAUCAAUGGAUCCCGCGUGAGGAAGGACUGAAACCUGCACAAUUUAUUCGCCGCUCUAGAUUAAGAUGGGUUAAUCAGUUGAUGAAUACUGACGGCAAUGGUUGGAAUUCGGAGUUGAUCCACCAACUGUUCUAUCAUUUUGAUGCUGAAGCGAUUUGCAAUAUUAAACUUCCAAUUUCGGAGGCGGAGGACAUGGUGGCGUGGCACUUUGAGAAAUCAGGCACCUUCACGGUCCGGAGCGCGUACAGACUGGCGGCAUCCCUCCAAAACCAGGAAUACCGGCCAGCUUCGAGUUCCACAAAUGCAGCCAAUGACCGGUGCAUCUGGGAUAUUAUUUGGAAAGCUAAGGUUCCUGAAAAAAUUAAGAUUUUUGGGUGGAGAAUCGCGACAGACACCCUAGCAACCAAAAUGAACAAAUGGAAACAUACCCUGGAAGUUGACAACACCUGCAAUAUUUGUGGCAACGGAGAUGAAGAUGAAUAUCAUGCAGUGAUUUCCUGUACAAAAAGCAAGGCUCUAAGGAGUGAAAUGCGGAAAAUCUGGGAUCUUCCUAGCGAGUUGCAGUUUAGAUACACUGGGGUGGACUGGCUUCAGAAUCUCCUAGGAACUUGCAAUAUGGAAAUGAGGGUCAAAACCUUACUGCUGCUGUGGAGGUGUUGGUUCCUAUGUGAUGACUGCAUCCAUAGUACAGGGAAGGAGUUAAUCAGCAGAUCAGUUCAUUUUUUGGAGCAAUAUGAGGAGGAACUGAACAUCUGCUACAUGGUGUUUUCGUCAUGCCCAAAGGACAAACAGGCCUUGGGGCAUACUGAGGUUGCUUUGGCUGGGAAAGAUCGGACUGAAGUUGAAGCUAUUGCGGCAAUGCAGCAGGAAAAUGGUUCGGAUCCUGCUUCUGUUGCAGCAAUUUAG